GCAGUGCAAACGUCAUCAAUAUCAACAACCAAGAUGGCCGAUUGGAAUCGAGGAAAUGGGGCUGUCGACGAUAUGCUGGACGCUGAAAAUAAACUUCUUGCGGACAAUUUGGCGAGCAAGGUCUCAAGAUUGAAAUCGCUUGCCUAUGACAUUGACAAAGAAGCAGAGGAUCAAAAUUCAUAUUUGGAUGGCAUGGAUUCCAAUUUUCUAAGCGCAACAGGGCUGUUGACUGGCAGUGUGAAGCGCUUCUCCACCAUGGUCCGAUCUGGCAGAGACAACCGCAAGAUCCUGUGUUACGUGUCAGUGGGGCUGGUGGUGUUGUUCUUCCUGCUGUACUACCUUGUCUCCAGGAUCCAGUCCUGAGGAGACCCAGGAAGAAGGACGUGACACUACUUGACAUGCAGACACGUGACUUUACAUUUGUUGUGCAUUCUUCAUCAUGAAGACUGUGAAUAGGGAGAUGACUCGGUUGUCAAGGUUUUGACACUGCUAUGACCCACUCAAUUUCUCUCAAGCCCUGCCCAUCGAGAAGUAUAAAUGGUGUAUAAGCAUUUAUUUAUUUUUACUCAGUUGUAUGAGAAUUAUAGCCCUUGUACAUACCUUAUUUGAGAUAUUACAGAUCAUUUAUAAUCGUGAACAUGUGGAUGGUGUCAGUUUGGACUUGUAGGCACAUUGGAAGGGUUAAGUCUGUGGGAUGAUGUGCCAGUAACUUGAGAAGAAUGACAGUACUUCAUAGGGAAAUUCUGGAUGAUGUUGGGACAUAUUUGGGAGUAAUUCAUCUUUUGAUAGUCUUAUUUACUGAAAUAUUGGAGGUAUUUGUUUUAGUCCAUGAUUGAUUAAAACCAGCAGUUGUAUAAUUGGGAAAACUGGGAUCCAGUGUUUGGACAGAAUGUUAAUUUUACAUUUUAAGCCAAGGAAAGAAAAAACUUCAUAGGUAGGACCUGCUGUUAUGUAGAUAUCUGUUUUGUGAUUAUACCUACUACUUUCCAGCUUUGGCACACAAGACAUAUUUUGUAAUAACUGAUACCAUACUUGCAUUUUGAAGAUUUCUUGCUUUAUUAACAUGUUCCUUCUUUGAUCUUUUAAAAUGAAUUAAUUUAAGUAGAAUUUGUCUUUUCAUACCAGGAGAUUGGGAGUUCUAAUGGGCCACAUUCCAAAAAUAUGAUGGCCUACAUAGCAGCAGUUUAUUAAUGUUUCACAAAACAAUUAAUUUUGUUUAUAUUGUUGAAAUUGAUGAAAUGGAUACGAUUGUUUCUACUAGAUUUCCAUUCCUGGAGAUCAUGCAGUGGAAAAUGGCUUUGAAGGAAAUAAAACGAACUCCUGAAUGAA